GGCGACGCUCAAAUAGCAAACAUCGAAUACAAGGAUAGCUAAUAAAAGAAAAGUAUAGAUAGACAUAGAAGACACUCUAAUUCUGCAAUCGUACAAGACUCCCAGUGAUCCACCAUCGGCUGCUACCGCAUCCAACCGACGAAUACUGCAUCGGGGGCAUCUGAGGGUGAGAGCUCCCGGGUAAACAGACGAAGUAAGAAAACAGAAACUGAUGCAGAGCGUUUAAGCAUCGUGCCUAUGUCGACUCAGACCGCCGAAGGACGGUACACGUGCGAAGUAUCGGCAGACUCGCCAUCUUUCCAGACAGCCCAAGUUCACACGCACAUGUACGUUGUAGAUUUACCCAAAGAGGGACCAGAGAUGCAUGGCAUGAAGAGCCGGUACCGGCGCGGCAUGAAGUUGAAGGUGGAAUGCAUAAGCAGAGACUCUUUACCAGCAGCCAACCUCUCGUUUUUUAUAAAUAGCGAACCUGCACACACGCAGUACGUCCUUCACAGAGUGGACGGUUCGUCGCCUGGUGGACUGAUGACAGCGUAUAGCACCAUACAAUUCGUUCUACAAAAACAUCACUUCGUUAGAGGAAAAAUUAAGAUUCGUUGUACUGCGAACAUAUACUCUAUUUACCACAAAAGCUUGGAAAAGAGUGCGGAAGGGGAAAAAAUACUCACUACGACAACGAGCCCGCCAGAAAAACACGAAGCAAUUGUCCAUCCCAUACAUCGCUUGCCGGAAACUAAUUCCGGAAUACGUGGUUCGUGCUCAUCUUCAUCAUUUGGCGUCGUCUGGCUCAUAGUACUAUUACCUCCAAAUGUACUGAGAUAAGAAGUGUUGAUUAUAUCUAGUUAAUGAAAUAAACUUUCAAUUCUGUGUUCUACUUUAUUAUACGAUUUGACAAAAAUAUACUGCAACCCGCAAGGUGGGCACUUCAUAUUUUUUAAUUAGGAUUAAAUGAUGUAUUAUACUGAGUGUUUUCAACUUUCCAUUCAUAAAAUGCUUCAUUUCUGUUAACCUAUUUUAUAAUUAUUAUACUUAAUUUAAAUGUUUAACGCUGUUGUCGAAUAUUAAAAAUAAUAUUUAUAUUUAUUCUCACAACGAAAUAUAUGCAUACAUACCUACAUAAAUCGUAAUAUUAAGAUACUUAACUGUUAUAUCAAAAAUGUUAUCGAGCUCAAUUUAUAAUAAUUAAUAAGGUUAUAAGGCAAUCAAAGGAGAUGUCUCAAAUAUCAUAAAUCCGGGGAAAAUAUAUGCAUCACAGAUUUUGGAGAUAAAUGUAAACAAUAUUUUAGAUUAUCACUAUCUCUAGAAAAAAGAAAAGCCAGCCAAGUUCGUAUCAGUUCAGGCACAAAGUAGGAUUCCUUAGAUCAUUCCUCCUCAUUUUUAAGGUAGAGCACGUUUCAGUCUGGGAGUUCGCGUUUAUUAGCACUGGAACAUUAUUGACAUUAUGUAGUAUAGAUACUAUACAGCUCGGUACAGCCAAGAGCUGUCCAAUCCAAUAGCUACUGCUUACCUGCCAUAAUGAUAAAUAUAAACAAUAAUAAUUUAUGCAACUGUUGUAUAAUGAGGGGUAUUAAAACAUGAAUGUGGGUUCAUCACACGAAGGCGAGAUAAAUUAAUUUUAUAAUAACACUGCUUGGCUUUUUGGAUCCUUUUCACGCAAAGGGUUCAGG